AUGUCAGAUAGCGUGAGCUAUUUCUGGAGAAGCCCUCUGGGUGGCACUGCUGCCCAGGUCCGGGGCAGCGCUCCUGGUCCACCGAAGGAGGGACGACAGCUCCUCGGCUGCUCGCAGACAGAAUUUCGGCACCGCGCACUGACCACAGAUCCUCGUGUUCGCAAGUUUCACAACAUGAAAAGCCUUUCGUUCAUUUUACAGAACGAACUGCCCGCCCCCCCCCUCAUCCCGUCGCUGCGCCAGGUGGUUUUCCAGGGCGACCGGCUGCCCUUCCAGUGCACCGCCACCUACCUGGACAACAGCACCCAGAUCCGAUGGUACCACAACCGCGAGCCAGUGGAGGAGGACGAGCGGACGGGCGUCAUCGUGGAGGAGAGCCUCAUCCAUGACUGCACCUUCAUCACCAGGUCAGGGAUGCCCAUCAAUGCCUCCAACGCCCUGACCCUGGCUCACCAGCUCCGCGUCUACACGGCCGAGGCGGCCAACUUCUCAGACAUGGUUGACGUCCUCUACGUGGCCCAGAUGAUAGAGAAGUUUAUUGGCUACGUGGACCAGAUCAAGCAGCUGACGGACGUGAUCGUGGAGAUGGCCAGCAACAUCAUGCUGGUGGAUGACCACAUCCUGUGGAUGUCGCAGAAGGAGGAGAAGGCUUGCACCAGCAUCGUCCGCUCCCUGGAGAAGAUCGCCGCCCACACGCUCAGCAGCAACUCCCAGCACAUGGCGGUGAACAGCAUCGCCCUGGCCUCCAUCCAGCUGCCGCCCAGCCUCUGCCCCAGCCCCGUCCCGGCCGCGCCGCUGGCCGACUGCAAGCUCCAGCUGCUGGUCUUCCGCAACGGCAAGCUCUUCUGCAGCACGGGCAACUCCUCCCGCCUGGCUGACGACGGCAAGCGCCGCAGCGUGGCCACGCCGGUCAUCUACGCUGGGACCUAUGGCUGCGGAGUGGGAAACCUGUCGGAGCCGGUGGCCGUGUCGCUGCGGCACCCUGGGGAGGGCGCAGACCCGGUGGCCGCGUACUGGAACUUCGAGGUGCUGGGAGGUAUGGGGGGCUGGAGUGCCGAGGGCUGCCAGUUGGCCGCCCAGGAGCCCAAUGUCACCUCCCUGCACUGCCGGCACCUCAGCAACGUGGCUGUGCCCAUGGAGCUGAGUGGUUUCCCCAGCGAGGCACGAGGCGCCGUGGAGGUGCUGCACCCGGCCAUGUACACCUGCACGGCCGUGCUGCUGCUCUGCCUCUUCACCACCAUCAUCACCUACAUCGUCAACCACGGUACCAUUCUCAUCCCGCGGAAGGGCUGGCACAUGCUGCUUAACCUCUGCUUCCACAUCGCCAUGACGGCCGCUGUCUUCGCGGGAGGCAUCACCCUCACCGGCUACCUGAUCGUCCAAGCGGUCGGCAUCAUCUUGCACUACUCCUCCCUCUCCACCCUGCUGUGGAUGGCGGUGAAAGCCAGAGUGCUCUACAAGGAGGCGACCUGGAAGGCGCCGCGGCAGCCAGACGGGGACGCGUCCCAGCCGGCCCCCAGACCCAUGCUACGGUUCUAUCUGAUCGCCGGCGGGAUCCCCCUCAUCAUCUGUGGGAUCACGGCAGCCGUCAACAUCCACAACUACCAUGACAACAACCCCUACUGCUGGCUGGUGUGGCGGCCCAGCCUGGGGGCUUUCUACGUCCCCGUGGCUUUCAUCUUGCUUGUCACCUGGAUUUACUUCCUCUGCGCUGGGCUCAGCCUCCAGUGCCGACCGGCACACCAGAAAGAUGUCCCUGAGCCGCUGGAGCCACCGCCACGGCUGGGGGGUGCCAGCGACCUCCUGACGGACUCUGGGUCCAUCUCGGUCACGCUGAACUCAGGGCCGCCCUGCCCCGAGGCGGACGGAGUCUACUCUCUGCAGGUGCAAUUCUGGGCGCUGGUGACCACCCACACCUUGUACAUCGCCCUGUGGACAUUCGGUGCCAUGGCCGUCUCCCAGCGCCGGUACCUGAACAUCAUCUUCACCUGCCUCUAUGGCAUCACCGCCGUGGCGCUGGGACUCUUCAUCUUCAUCCACCACUGCGUCCGGCGCCAGGACGUCCUCAACUCCUGGUUCUCCUGCUGCCCCUCCUACAGGAACGCACUGCCCAUGCAGGCGUACGUCCACCCCGGGCUGGCACCGGAGGACGGCUCGCAGGUCUUCAUCGGCUGUGACCCGGAGGUGGCUCGCUCUGGUGCCUCCUCCUCCUCCUCGCCCAGCAGCGCCGGCUCGGCGGGGGGCCGCCGCAAGCUCACCAAUCUGCCGGGAGCCCCCAGCCAGGGGGUGAAGCAUGAGAAGGUGAAACCGUCCCCGGAAAAGCCGGAGCAGCGCUACGGAAAACCAGCGCCAGCGAAGGUGCUGGAGACCCUCCCCUGGGCGUCACCCCCGUCGUAA